GGAUUUGCUCAGGGGUUUUUCACCUACGGCGCGCGCUAAUAAGCUUCCCUGUGUGUUGGUUGCUAUUUGUGAAGUGGGGCCCCAGCGCGCGGCGGGACGUGGAAUAAAACACGGAUAUUUAAUCUCCAGAAGACACGCUGAGACUGUUUCUGUGUAUAGAAAGGUGCCACGGGUCGACGCCGUUCACAGCGUCUGACGAAGAACGAGGAUGAGGUCCUUGCCUGCCUAGCAGAGCGUCCCUGCUAAAGAUGGCCUCAGAGAGGUAGGAGGCACACAGUGGUUCGCGCCCUCUCCUCAGAGCUUCUGCAUUCUUUGUCAAGGAUCCAGCCGGCGGAGUCUUACGUGCUAACUGAAAGCAGAUGGCAAAAGUUUUUUUUAUGUGACUUCCCUUCCCGUGGCUCUGAAGGCUCCUAGUAGGCAUCUUCUCUGUGUGACAUGACUAACCCCACAUGAUCUGGUGACCAUGAUGGCCUCUGUGGUUGCCAAUGGAAACAAAGAUGGGCAGUCUCUGGUGUUGAAAGGGGUGGACCCAGAGACAUGCAUGAUUGUGUUCAAGAACCACUGGGCUCAGGUUGUGAAGAUCCUGGAGAAGCAUGACCCGCUGCGCAGCAGCUCCACGCUGGGGGUCAUCGGCCUGGGCGGCGGGGUGGCAGGGCCCUCCCGCUUUGGCCCCAUCCCGGGGGACGAGGCAAGCGCCGUGCAGAACUACGUGGAGCACAUGCUGUUCCUGCUGAUGGAGGAGGAGAGCGGCCUAGGGGGCGCUAUGGGGCCCAUUCUGGAGUUCGUGGUGAUGGAGAACGUGAUGGAGCGCCUGUUCGUGUGGAGCCUCCGCAGGGAGUUCAGUGACGACAUGAAGCUGGAGCAGCUGAAGAUGUACGAGAUGCUGGUGGGCCAGGCGCACCAGCCGCUGCUGCAUCACAAGCCCAUCCUGCGGCCCCUCAUGAUGCUGUUGUCGUCCUGCUCGGGCGCUGCGGCGCCGGCUGUGGAGGCGGAGCUGGUGCUGCUGCUCCACCAGCUCUGCUGCGUUCUGGCGAAGGAUCCGUCCAUUCUGGAGCUGUUCUUCCACACCAGCGAGGACCAGGGGGCCACCAACUUCCUCAUCUUCUCCCUCCUUAUCCCGUUCAUCCACAGGGAGGGCCCCGUGGGCCAGCAGGCCAGAGACGCCCUGCUGCUCAUCAUGUCGCUGUCUGCCGAGGAUGAGAGGGUGGCCAAGCACGUCGCGCAGAACACCUUCUUCUGCCCGGUGUUGGCCACUGGACUGAGUGGGCUGUACUCAUCCCUUCCCACCAAGCUGGAGAUUUCCACUGAGGAGUGGCACUGCCUUCACAAAGAGGAGUGGCUCCGGAUGCCGUCCCUGGUCCAGUUUCUCAACUCACUGGAAUUCUGCAAUGCUGUGAUCCAGGUCGCCCAUCACACCAUCAGAGACCAGCUGCUGGCUUACAUCUAUAAUGGUUUCCUUGUGCCUGUCCUCGCACCAGCACUGCACAAGCUCACUCUAGAGGAGGUGAUGACCACCACGGCGUACCUUGACCUCUUCCUGAGGAGCGUGACCGAGCCGGCUCUACUGCAAACCUUCCUCUCCUUCCUCCUCCUCCAUCAGCAUGAGGGCGUCUACAUUCUGGACACACUGGUCAGCCGCAUCAACACACCCUUCCAGUUGGGUACGGUGUCCCUGGCGCUGUUUCGGACUCUGAUCGGCCUCUACUGCGAGGAUGUGAUGCUACAGCUCGUCCUCAAGUACUUGAUCCCCUGCAACCACAUGAUGCUGAGUCAGAGACGAGUGGUGAGGGAGAGGGACUUCUACUCAGGAUCUGCAGCCAAGAUCCUGGCGCUGACGCCGUCCUGCUGCUCCCCUGACCACAGCCCCCCGCCACUCCGGCAGCUGGAGUCCAUCCUCUUUUCCAAGGGGGGGGAAACUCCAAACAAUUCCAGCAACACAGACCAGCAGGGCAGCUGCUCAGACGAGGAUGACGGCUCUGGGAACCGCUGCACCAUCGGCUCAGAGAUCUACCUGGACGUCAGCUACCUGCAUUACCUCUACGACGCCCGCCUCAGCAUCAGCGGCUGCAUCCGGGCCUGCCAGGUGUGGUCGGCGCCGUACGACGGCGAGAACCCGCCUCCAGAGCGGUACCAGGCGGGCGUCCUGGAGGAGCCUGCACCAGAUGGCCGGCAGGCUCAGAGGAGAGUCCUGCCCCCACCAGCGCCGCCGCUGCUGCUGCCGCCGCCGCCUCGCCCCCGACCCACCAAAGAGCUGGCCUCCUUCGCCCAGCUAGAGCUGGAGUGGGACGACAGCUUUGACGCGUGUCCAGUACAGGAAGCUGAGGCCUCGGCGGACCCCAAGCCUUCCUCUGAGCCGCUCCCCAAGCACAUCCAGGAGAUGAGGCGGUCGGCCAUCAUGCUGGUGAAAGGCUCAUACUCCGAGGAGAGCGACUUCCAGGACGACGUCAUGGUGUACGACCUGGUCGCCAAGAAAGACGUCUCAGAGACGGAGCGGGCACCACCGGUGGACGAGGCCCCGCCGGCCUCGCCGAAGAACGGGCUCAGUAGAACCCUGAUGGCCGAUAACGCAAAGAACAGCUUAAAGACCAAGGUCAAAGGUCAGACUGACUGCAACGGGAACCUGCAGAAGGCGACUAACACCAGUGAAGAUCUUCUAGCUCAGUAUGAGGAGCUGAUUCGCUCUCUGGUCAGCGAGGCAGGUGGGAAACCGGCGAGGGCUGAUGGAGAGGUGAGGAAGACUGCAGCAACUGAGGAGGAGGAAGAGGAGGAAGAGGAAGAAAUGGACUUCACUUCCUUUACAGCUGAGACUCCAGAGUCAGAGAAGCCACAGUCUCCUGUUGGGGCCAUUCAGAGGUUCAGGAGUGGAAGCUCCAGAGGAAACUAUGCUUUACCUUUCACAGGUCCCUUCAUCAGCGUGCUGCUGUCCCGCCUGGAGAACAUGCUGUCCAACAGCCUUCAUGUCAACCUGCUGCUGACGGGGAUCCUGGCCCAGCUGGCUGCUUACCCCCAGCCGCUGCUCCGCUCCUUCCUGCUCAACACCAACCUGGUGUUCCAGCCCACCGUCCGCUCGCUCUACCAGGUGUUGUCUAUUGUGAAGAACCAGAUAGAGGAGCUGGCUGCCUGCAGGAAGGACUUCUCAGAGCUGAUCACUGUGGCCCAGCACUGGCUGCUGGCCAGGGAGGCCUCCUUCAUCACCACAGAUAAAACCAGCAGCAGCAGGUCCAGCCAGUAUGAAGGAGGAAGGAUCCUGAGGAAUUCCCCGCCUCCCAAACCCAAAGCCAUCUCUCUGGAUCAGACGGAGGUCUUUGCUACGGUCCUCUUCUCUGAGUUCCUCAAAGAACUGGCAGCCAUCGCUCAGGAGCACUCCAUCCUGUCCCAUGUUCCCAUGGAGGAGUAGGGAGCCACGUCAGUGCCUUUUCAGGUGCUGUUUAAUUAAUCAAAGGGUUUUCCCCCCUUUUUUUUAUAGAAAUAUUUUGAAGAUAUUUAUUUUUUCAAACAAAUCAACUUUGAUUGACUUCCAUCCUCCUGCCUCUGCGAAGCCUGGAGACAAACUGCAGCUCCUCCCAACCCACCAAAGACUUUUAUAUUUUUCCAAACGUUUUCUGAACCGUCUGAAUGUUUCCUGCAACCAGCCGCAGCGGCGACACGCUGCUCUCUGUGCUUUCGUUUCUGUCUCAGAAGUUACCUUUAAGCGUCAGGAUGCACUGCAAAAACACUAAAUCUCGCCACGUAAUUUUGAAUUUCUGGUACAAAUAUCUUAGCGCACCUGAAGUAAGACAAAACUAAUUUACAAGUAACUUUUUCAGUAAGAAACUGGAGCUUGAUUGAAUCAGUACUUCCUUUAUAUUUGUUUUAAAAAGUACUGGUUCCACUGGCAGAUUAUUUCACUUAUGGCAAUACAUGUUUCUUAUGUUAUAAGUGAAAUAAUUUCCAAAUUGAACUAGCACUUUUUCAUUAAUAUUAAGAAAUUAUUGACGUAAAAUAAACCCCUAUAUUUAGCUGAAAAGUUACUUGUAAGUUUGGUUCCUCUUAUUUCAAAUGUAAUAAGAUAUUUGCACUAAAAAUGAGACCAAAAAUACUUGGUAAUAUUUUGUUCUGAUGAACAAAAUAUUGUGUUUUUGCAGGUAAAUAUUCAAUGUCGUCUCAUUAUUUUGCUUUUUGUAGAUACUGAGACCUUUUAAGAAACUCUUCCAGCUACAGCUGUUACAAGUUGAGUCCUAACUGCCUACAGAUUUCACAAAGUGCAUUAGCAGUCUUCAGGUUCAGAUGUUUCGGUGCUAAAUCACCGCAGCGCCUCAGGCACCUUUUUCCAUUUCUGACCCGCUAUCGGCUCUGCACACUAUCCAUCGUUCCCUUCAUGAUUACUGGCACCUCUUGUAAAAUAAAUAUAUAUAAAAAAAAUCUUGAAAUAAAUGCAUCUGUGAUUGCAGCAGCAGACGGAAAAUAAAAAGUUCCAACCUCUACUUUAAAUAUAUUUAUUUAGGAAGUAUAUAUUUUUUCAAGAUGGGUUGUACUUAACAAAAUCCCCAACAGUUACUGUAAAAUAUGCAUAGCUAAACAUUUUGUAUUCAUUCAUAGAUUUAUCUGUUGAGUUCAUUAGGUUGUGUGGAUAUUUAUAAUUAGUCAUGUUUGACGUGUUCAUCUCUUGUCUGCCUGGUGUGAAACAUGUGACCCACAUUGCAAAAGCAUAAAAUCUUACCAAGUAUUUUGGUCUAAUUUCUUGUGCAAAUAUUGUAGUACAUUUGAAAUAUGACAAAGCUAACUUGCAAGUAAAUUUUCAGCAAGAAAUAUGAGCUUGUCUUAUAUCAAUAAGUCCUAAAUAUUAAUGGAAAAAAGCUGAUUAUUUCUCCUACAACGUGGGGAAACUAAUACUUUUUCAUUAUUAUUACAGAAUUUCUAAUUCUUAUGAAUUUUGCUGAAAAGUUAGCUUUGUCUUAUUUCAAGUUUGCUCAAAUAUUUGCACUAGAAACUAGACCAAAAAUACUUGCUAAGUUUUAUUUUUUUGCAGUGCAGAGGUCCAAUUUGCUCAGCCACUAUUCACAACGUGAAAAACAAGAAAACAUACCGUUUCUUUGUUCAUACUUGGCUGAAUUAUUUAACUUAUGGGAAAAAUGUCUUGUUAUAGGUGAAAUUAUCUGGCAAUUCUUAACUUUAAACAAUCUCCUAAAUGUUGCUGAACAGUUCUGUAUAAGUUAAUUUUCUCUUAUUUAAAGUGCACUAAGAUAUUUGCACUAGCAAGUAGACUAAAAUGAUUUGGUACGAUUUUGUUUUUGUAGUGAAAGGACUCAAACAUGGGAGAAUCUUCCUCUGUGCAGACAGAGCGUUUGCAUACGGUGGCCAGGAUUAAUUGCUGUACAUGUUGCAUCAGUCCCAGCCGAUCCCAUUACAGAUGUAUUGCAGCAUCAGACCCAUAGUACGUAUGCUGGAACUUUAGACCUGCUUAUUUUCAUACAGCGUAACAACACAAGGCAGAUGUGCAAUAAUGUGGAGCUGAUGGAGGGAUCUUCGGUCACCACGUCUCCUCGACGAUUAAUCAUCAUCAUUUAUUUAAGACUUCUGUGCUCUUUCAGCUUUACAAGGGGUGCCAAAAGACGCCAUCUUUAUCUCUAUAUGUGUACAGAAGAGCAGAGCCAGGUUCACCACUGCUGGAUGUAACGUGCCUUUCACCUUUAGCUGUUUUAUGAUGUACAAAUCAUAAGGAAAAUAUUCUGAGGAAAAAAAAACACUAUGCAAGUUAAAUGUAUUGGGGAUAUUAGUCAUUGUCUCACUGUGAUUACGGGUAGGGGUAUUUAAAAUGUUUAUUGAGUGUUGUUCUUUUUCAUCACUUUCUCUCUCUUGCUUGUGAAAAAGCGUUUUAAAGCUGAUAAAAGCAUAAAAUCACUUUAUGGAGGGUUGACGCUCAUAUUUGUCCAGUGUAAUCUUAUGGCACAAUAAUGAUAAUCUGGGCAUGAAAAUGAAAUAAAAGUCUUUUAUAGACCUUG